AUGUGUGUGAUUGAAAAGCGGCUGUACUCCUACCAGGACGGGCGCCAGCGAACGAUCGAAUCGACCAAAUACUGUCGUCGUGCUGUCGGCACCCGCGUGUGCAACCGCGUUGAACGACGCAGCGUACAGCCAGCGCAGAUCGUCGAACGACGGCCGUCCACAGCAGACGGACCAUCGACGGGUAGCUACAUCGUGACGGAGGGGGCGGGUGGCCGCACAAGAGUCUACCGCGAUUUAAGCAACCGAUCCAGCAAUAGCAGUUCCGUCCGUCGAAGCAACACGAGCGAACGUUCGCCUAUCAGCAUCCCUUCUACGAACUCAUCCCCUUCUGUUGCUACGACCAGAACGUCGGCGUUUUCACCACCUGAUACAGCACCAAGUCCUCCAUUCAUGCAGGAGCGAACCAGAGCUCCCUACCCACCACCAGAUCCGGCUCAAAUCAUCAGACCCGACGGCACGGCCAUCUAUGACCGCCCGCCAUCCUUGGAGAUGCCGCGAGCUACGGACAAUGAGCGUCCUCGCCGCAGACGGGAAUCGGAUUCUAGUAUGACGGCUGAAGUCGACGACAGUCAGCCGCCAUCGCCUCCACAGCCGCGCCGGAGGCCCAGCGUCAGGAUUGACACCACUCAUCGCCCGUCUUCUUCCUCUUCGAGACCCAAUGUCGCAUCUCCAGGCCUCAGCGAACUUCCCGACCCACGGGGUGGUCUCCGACGAGAGGCUUCCCAUCGAACAUACCAAACGACAGGAGAGACUUCAAGCCGUCGUCGCGAAGAGCGUGAGGAAGACUCCCGGCAAGCCCAGAUCGAACGCGAUCGUAUCGCGGCUUCCGAACGACGUCAAUCCGAACGCCGUCAAUCAGCCCGCGAGGAUGCCGCUGCUCGCUCAGCAGACCGAGAAGCGUCUCGUGAGCGCGAGCAUGAGCGCCGCCGUCAAGAACGCCACCGCCGCGCUGCCGCCGAAGCUCUUGAAGGCUCUUCCUACCCCCCUCAAUCGCCAGCCUACGACGCCGAAGCUGCCCGCCGAUUCGAGGAAGCCCAGAUGGGCCGCGAGCGCGAGCGCAACGCCGCCCUGCGCAAUUCCAUCGACGCAGCCGGGUUCUACACAGAAGACCAGCUCUCCCGCGACGCCGAAGCGCGAAGACUUUACUACUCGGCCCGCCGCAGCCCAGUUAUCAGCCGCACUUCCUCGCGAAGACUCUCCGGCGCCUCAUACAACGCCGGUCCAGGUCCUUCGUCUCCAAUGUCCGCACGGUCGUCGAUGUACCAUGACCGCGCACCGCCGGUCGUGCAUCACCAUCCACCGCGAUCACGUGACAGCAUCUCUGCCAGAGGCGAGGAAGUGAUUGCGCAGGAGCAGGAUGCGAGAGAGCGGGCGGCGAGGGAGCAAGCUGCCCGGGCUGCGGCGGCGACGGAUCGGUUGAACGAGGCGAUGGGUGGGAUGAGGGUGGAUGAUGGUGGGGCGGUGGAGUAUGUGGAGGAGUAUGAGUUUGGGGAAGGCGCGCAGGGGUAUGUGAGGACGAGGCAGGGCGCUUAUUAUGAUGAUGGCGGGAGGAGGCGGAGGAGAAGUGGGCGGUAUACUUAG